AUGACUGUCAUCAUUUUUGGAUUGUCACAACCGGAGCUGCUACAUAUUCAAUCUGUUUUGUUUUGGUGCAACAAUUCAACAACUUCCGCUGCCUCAAAAAAGAAGGACAAAAAAGGCAACAAAUUUUCGGCAUGGUUCAAGGACGAGAACAAAUUUAGAUACGAUAUUGAAUGCAAGUGGCUACGAACCGAGGAACGAGUCAUACGUAUAUCUGAAGGCAGAUGUCCACCGUUUCCAACAACAACCCAGCCACCUCCAUCGACAACAAAACGAAGCCUUCUGCCUCCGUGGCUGAGACGCAGGAUGAAGAAAAAGAAGAAGAAGAAGCCACUUCUCAGCAUAAGGACGAAACAAACGCUCAUGAGCGUGUUCUCUCUUGGUAAGAACCAUAAAUAUAGGAUCAUCACUCGAAAGCGUCUUUCAACUCUUCUUCCUCGUCUAACCUCAUCGUUUCGAGAUUUCGGAAGAGGGAAGAGUGGUGCAGAAUCGCGUUGA